AAGGCAAGGCUUUCUUAAUUACAUCAGAGUUCAGAGUGAUUGUUGCAGUUCUCUCUGCCGAUGGAGUUCAUGUUCUCCUUCUCAAUUAGGCAGCAGUCGUCGGUCUUGGCCAAUGAAAUAAUUUUCGAACAACAAGAUGGAGAGACUUAAUGGGAGUUCUAGGCAUGAACUGAAACUCCAUUUGAUCAAAAAAGGGAAAAGAAGACUUAAGCAGUAGUACUGGUUGCUAUAUUACAUUCGAUGGUUUCGUCUACAGCUGAUUCGGUGGUAUUGGUUGAGAAGAUAUGAACGUAGGGUGCUGCUGAUGUACAUCACCAAGAUAUGGGAGCAAAACCAGUGGAACCAGACGUUGUUGAUCGUUUUGAAUGCAGACGAUGAAGGGAAGUAGUUGAUACUGUGUCCUGGAAUGCCGAAUGAAUUGGCAGUGUAAAAGUUACUUGAGAUUGUUGGAACAGAGAAGAAUAUUUAGUUUAUCUAUUUAUGAUUGGUCUACACUGCAAGAAAAUAUUCUCUACAUAUGCAGCUAUCUAUACGUAAGAUAUGUGGUAUGUGUAAGCUAUAUAUAAGCCUUGUAAAAACUCCAUUGAUAAUAAUAAACCCUAAGUCAUUAUUCUCCCGUAGACGUAGGCUAUAGCCGAACCACGUAAAUCUGUGUUCUUUCUUCUACCUGUUUGAUUAAUAACAUGGUAUCAGGGGAUCGUUAACGAUCCUGGCCAUUACUCUGUCAUCAAGUUUGUUUUCUCUGUGUGUUUCCUAUGGCACAAUCAGAUCAUAAUACUAGCAUGCGAUUAACUUCUGUUUUGUUGAAUGAUGUCAAUUAUGUCAGCUGGUCCAGGGCUGCUGCUCUUGCUCUUGGGGGUAAAAGAAAAUCUGGGUAUAUUGGUGAGAAUAGUACCUGUCCAGAUGCUAAAGAUCCAAAGUAUGAUGAUUGGAUUGCUGAUGAUCAACUGGUUCGCACGUGGCUUCUUCAGUCGAUGGAACCACAUAUUUCAGAAAUUUUCUCGUUCUCAGAAUCUGCAAAGGAUUUGUGGAAGUCUGUUGCUAGUCUGUAUGGCUUACGGAAUAAUGUUGCUCGGGUGUUUGAGCUGAAAUGUGAGAUUGCUGAGGCUGAACAAGGUACGGAAAGUUUUACUGAGCAUUUUGGUUAUUUAAAAAAGAAGUGGGAUGAACUUGAUACAUAUCGUCCUCAUACAACUGAUGCCAAAACUCUCUUGAAGAGGGUUGAGGAGGAUAAAAUCUUUGAUGUGCUCAGUAGCCUCAAACCAGAGUAUGAAUCUCUUAGAAGCACUAUUCUCAUGAGUGCUGAAUUGCCAAGUAUGUCUAGUGUCUGUGCGACUGUGCAGCGUGAAGAGACACGUAAGAAAGUUAUGAAUCCUGUUUCUAAAAGCAUUGUAGAUAUGGAUGCAGCUGAAUCUAGUGCUCUUAUGAGAUACAAAGAUGAUAAACGAAGAGCCGUGCCAUUUGAUAAGGACAAGAAUUCUCGUGCUAAAGGUAAGAGAGAAGUUUUUCAUUGUGAUCAUUGUAAUAAAACUGGUCACAUCAAGGAUCGUUGUUGGGAUAUUUAUCCUCAUCUUAAAGCUAAUUUUGACAAAAAUAAGCUUGCUCGAGCUGCUGUAGCUGAUAAUUCAUCCUUCACCAUAGACCAAUUGAAGGAUUUCUUUAACCAGUUGGGUAAUAAGACUGAGCGCAAGGCCACACAUGCUUCAGGAUCGAAAGACGAAGAAGACGAUUGGUAGAGGCAUAUUUUCUCAUAGACUGUACCUGUUACGCUCCAGUGACAUGGCAUGUCUCACUCAAAGAUCUACUCCGCAGUUUCUUUAUCAUCAACGACUUGGACAUCCUUCCAGUCGUGUUUUUUCUAGGAUUUUUCCCACAUUUACUGUCCAGUCUCAAGUCUGUGAUGUUUGCCAGUUUUCUAAACAGUCUCGUUUUCCAUUUCCUAAUUCUGUGACUCGAGCUACAAUGGCUUUUGAAUUAAUUCAUUCUGA